AUGGGCGAUCGAGAGAGGAUAACAUGCAUGGUAAAUCUAAUCUAUAAUGAACUGCGGAUAUUUUCAGUAUUAAAAGAUUCAGAUGAACAAGAAGCACAGGAUUAUCCUUAUCAAAAUGAAGGUGAUUGUGAGAUUGAAAGUGCUAGGUUAUCAUCAGCAGAUACGGUCCUGGACACCACCCUAGAGGACAAGCAAGGUAACUUUAGUAUUGCGGCUAGCGCCCGCGCGAGUCUGUUCUUUCUCAUGCAAAAGCUAAACAUAUCAGUUUCAGUACGCAGGUCUGGUUGCUAAGUGGAGACAACUCAAAUACCAGCAUUUCUCAAAUUUAUGUAAAAAACACUAGGCCGACAAAUUCAGCGACACCAGUGUCGCAAAAAGUGACUUUUCCAAUUCGAUGAAAUGUCUUCGCUUUGGCAUCAAGAUCAUGCAGUAUUUUCUCGUCCAUGAUAGAUAGCAUUUUUUAUGGUAGAUAGCUGAGUGGUGACUUUUUGAUAACAAUGUUCAGCUUAAAUACCACUUUUUCUAGAGUUGUGAGGUUUUUCUCUCAGUUACUAAACAUUCCGACUAAUUAAAUACCCAUUACUGCUUGUCGAUGGUUUAUUUUUGGUCAGUGACAUACAGUACGGUACCUCGGCUGAAGUUUUUUCUGUGUUUGCCUGCUAUACUUGCAGCCGGAGAAGAGCAAACACAGUUGCCCGCGCCCUGUUCCCUCUCUCCAGCAAAUGACACGCAAGCUAAGUGAAAGUGAAGCUCAGCCACUUUAUUGUCUCCGUUUCAGCCAAAGUAAAGAACGGUAAAAAACAACUAUUGGUGCAAGAUUCCCGCCGAGCGACUGGUGAUCCUGGCACGGAGGACGAAAGCAAAAGCGAAAGGGAAAUAAAAACCGCGUCUACUUCGAUAAAGCCUUCAACUAGCCAAACUUUAUUACAGGAAAAGUCAGGUUUGUGAAAAUGCAUAAGCAGAAUCGUUAAGAAGGCGCAAAAUAUUUUUAAUAUUCUUAACUUUGAUUUGCUUGGUCUGUUCACUGAUAACCCCUUCUUCUGACGCAGCUGAAGUGGACUCAGAAAGCCGUCUUGUCUCAUCACCACUCAGUCAAUCUGUUACGAGCAAGACAUCCCACAAAAAAACGUCUUCACAAGUCAGCUUUUUCUCACGAACAACGAAAGGUAAAUUUCAAAGGUUUUUUUGAUGAGUCCAUAAAACUGAAGAUGAUGAGUUGCAUAGCUCCUAGACAAUUGAUCCUCUCUUGCUCUUAGAGGAAUGUAUUACAAGGUAACCUGCGUAGCCUCCCACGCAGGCGUUUUUAGGGGAGCUCCCCUAAAAACACCUGCGUGGGAGGCUAAAACCUGCGUAGCAGGCGCUUGGAAGAAGUGGGCACAAGAAAAAACGGGCGCACGAGAAUGAGACACGCAACCCCUCGCGUGUCUCCCUCGCGCGCGCCCGUUCUCUCUUGCGCCCACCACUUCUAUGCAGGCUAUUACACGGAGACAAGCAACGAGAUACUACAGCCUCGGAAACCUCGGGUUUUCUAGUUCCCGUGAUUGGAUGUAUCUCACGGCAUGUAGUGAAUGUUUAUAUGUUAUUUUUGCAACAGAAAUGUAGAAGUUUUAAAAAAUUUAGGUCCAAAGUUAUAUGUUUCCAAAUAUUUCUUGAAUACUAAGUCCUCGAGAUAUUCCUUGAAAUAUUUGAGUUCAUUUACAAUACUGAGGAAGUUAAUUCCUUGACGUGAAUAAUUGGAAUAAUUAUUUUAUCAGCUGAUACAAAUUAAUAAUAGCCUAGAACGAAAACAGCUUCUUUUCAAUUUCUAUAACCAAAGUUUGGCUUUCAGUUAUCAAAAGGGAAAACACAAAGAUUACUUUUGCAUUGGUUGGUGAUUGUGCUUUGUUAUCUUGUCAUUAAUAAUGUAUUCACCUCGGCCUGCUGGAUAUUCAAAGAUUAAAUAAAUCCCGCGGACUCAGUUAUGCAGUAACUUAUGCUAUGCUUCAAAAGCAGCUACCUCUCCACUUAAAGUUUUCCCCGAAAGAGAAAAAUAAGAUUAUAUAAACCCACUAAGUUAAAUUGGAGAUCAGACGACAUUUUGGCGGAGGUAAGGCAGUUUUAAAUUAGAAUAAAAUAGCUUUGAAUUUUUAACAAAUCCCUUUAUGUUACUUGAAUAAGCAAAAAAUCUACCAGGUUUUUUCGCGAUCCAAAGAUAUUAAUUUAAUAACAAAGAGGAUAAUAACGGUAGCCCGGUUCGGUUGGGUACAAACCUUUGGAGAUAAUAAUGUUAAACCAAAAGGCAAUUUACUAGGCUCUUAGCAACGGAACUUUGAUAUUUUGAUAACAUUCUUGGCUGUAAUGUUAUCACUUUUAUCAGUGCUCAGUUUACUACACUGAUAUGUGGUAUUUUUAAUCAGCAUUACUGGGGCAAAGUAUUGCUACAGCAUUAAAAUGGUUCCAUAUUUUUGUUAAAACCCUACAAAGUAUAUUUCUCUCCCUAAUCAUAUUGUUUGUGAUUUGAUUUCUCAGCUCAUUAAAGUUUUAUAAUUUUAAUUCUGUCCUGAAUCAUUUUGUCUCGACGUAAGAAGAUACAAACGUUUAAUUCCUUCACCACAAAUGACCAAUUUGUAGAUUGUUUUAUGUCCUGUCCAUAAAGAUGAGUCGACUGACCCAGGUAAUUCAUAAGCACAUGCCAAAAUGGUGGACAAAGUGAUUUUCAUGCUCAGUCUUACCUUGAUUAUUCUUAACUAAAUUUAAAACUUUUUUCCUGCACCGAUAUUUGGCCAGUGAAAUUGACUUCAUUAUUUUCUCGUCAUAUCUUGUUCGCAUUUUUGUUUAAUUUUUGUUGCUUAUGAAGUGCAUAGCAGAAAAGGGUGCAAAUUGGUAGCGAAAGGGAAUCUAUUGAACCAGGAUUUAUUGCGAUUUGCCUCCCAUUGUUUUAGGUGAAAAGAAAGUAAAGCGUAAAGACUUCUAUUUACUACCUCGGAGGUGGAGUAAAAAACAGCAACCAGCAAUGGAUCGCCUUUUAUACGAGAUUGCUUUACGCACCCAGCACAAAGCUACAGCCAUGGACAUUGAAGCCAGGAAGCUGGGUGACACUGUUGACAGAUUAAGGGACGAAAACAGAGCGUUGAAAAGACUUCAGAGAUCACAAAAGAGAGAGAUAAAUGAAAGACACGACUUUGUAGAUAUGGCAAAUCUAUCACUGAAAGGAUUUCGCAAAGAUGUGAGAUUUAGCGAAGAAAAUUGUGUUGAUGCCCAUGCUAUGUACAGGUGAGACUACCUUACGAAACCAUGACGUCAUUUGGGUGGAUGCUUUUUUUUAAAAAAAGUGUCCUAAUAUUUACAGCACAGACAGGCCAAUAUACGUGAUAUAGAGAGAAUUCGAAUUAACCUUUCUUCAGAAGUAGUUCUUUUCAUCACUGGAAACGAAAAUUUUAAUUUCUGUUAUGAAACGCAAACACAUAGCUAAAUUCUAAUUGGCAGUACAGUAUUCCAUCCAGCUCCAGUUUAACUGUAUUUGUGUUACCGUAUUUCCUAUAAUAAUAUGUAGAUUUAGCCAGAGCUAAAAGCUAAGCUCCCGGAUACUUGCUUCCAUAGCUCAAAAGGAGGUGGCGGUGCCCAGCGGUUUUAGUGAAAACAAGGUUUAGGUGGGGGUGCUCAGUCUCACGGGCUCACAAACCUCCUUUUGAGCAGUGGAAUCUAGUCAUUUCCUGCAAAGACAAGCAAAUUUUCUUACCUAUGGUGCUCCGCUGCGCGCGCGUCGAGCGUGCGAGAGCUCCACAAAUAGCCGUCCCUCGAUUAAUUGUUUCCAUCGAAUAAUCGCCCCUCUUUCAUGGAAAUAUUUAAAACAUUCGCCUCCCCCAGCUACCUCGCCCACCUUUUCUCUGUUUUAUCCUCUCCCUGUUUACACAAGCUUUUUCAUUUAAUCGUUUAUAUCGACAUUAAAAAGCCCAUGCACAGUUUACUUGAUGUGAUUUAUUGAAAUAAUGGCCUCCUUUUGGUGCGAAAAAAGAAUAAAAAUCGCCCCUGGCAGUAUUAUUCGAGGAAAUACGGUAUUUUCGCGUCCGCAAACUAUUUUUUUUUCACAGAGUUACUCUGUUUUCACAGAUUUCGCUUCAGUCUAAUUCAUGUUUUUUUUAGCGUAGUUUUGCUCUAGAAUUUUUUUAACAAAGCGUUCGAAAUUCUUGUCCAAAAUUUGAUCGAAAUGAGAGAUAAAGUGUCCUUAAUUUUUGCAAGUUUUGGCUUCAAAAGAGCGCUUCUUUUACUGGAAUCAGUUUAUCCAUAGAAGGUAUUGUCCAGUUAAUUAAGUACUUCUUUAAUUAUAUAAAAUGACUCGCAGUUCUUUCUUUGGCAAAAGGGUAACGAAUUGCUGACGCAACACCUUUUCCUCUCUCAGAAAAAAAAGCAAGAAACUCAUGCAGCUUGAAAAGGAAAGUGAAAGACUAGUUAAAUUAGUAGAAACUGGCUCCACUCUUCCAAGCCUCGACGAACUGGAGGGGAGGAUAGAAAAAGCUACAAGAGAACUGGAUAAGAAAGAUGAUAAGAUAGUGGUAAGUCUUGACCUUCACAUGACAACUGAAUAAAGCGUCAUCAGUCUGCUGAGCGGGAGGUCGCGGGUUCAAACUCCGGCUGAACCAGCCGGAGGAGGAGGGAGGAGGUUGGGGAGGAGGUUGUUUAUUGUGACCUCUACAAAUGGUUAGACAUUCUAGUAUUCUCAGGUAAGGACGAAAAACCUUAGGCCCCGUCUCACAACUCUUUCACUGUUCUGAUUCUUGUGGCACUUAAGAGAACCCACACUGCUGUUCGUAAAAAGUAGGGGCGUAGACCCCGAUGAUGUGGUAGAACCUUUCGUGGACUGGGUGGGUAAUGAAAGGGUUGAUAUCAAUUGGGAAAUAAGUCCUCUUUCAUCCCCUGUCACCGUGUUGAGUCACCAUGUCGAAUUCAAUAAAGACAUCCAUCUUAUUGACUGAACACAAUUUUACACAAACUUUUACAGUUUUACUGACAAGCGGUAAUGAUUCCUGCCGUCGCUCGUACGGUUAGUCCGAGUUAACUACUUGAGCAGGAACCAUGUGUUAGGCUACUAAGGCAUAAUGCGUUAAAAAGUCAGUUAGAACUUUCCAAAUAGUGUGUGUUAACUUGAACGUUUUUUUGUUAUUUCGAUUUUCUAAGUAAAAUCUUACUGAAUAAUCCGACACCUUUCUCCAAUAAUAAAUCAGUCCAGUGUGCUUAGCCAUUAUGCUCGGGGGUUCUAAAAGUUAGUUGUUUUUUAACUCGUCUCAAAUUGCAUAAGUUUCUGAAAUGAUACGUCAGCCUUGUUAAAGUCAUUUUAAGAAUUUUUUUCCUCACAGGAGCUACAAAUGAAACUCGAGGAGCAAGACAAAAGGAUCAGCCAGGAACAACAAAAAGAGAAAAGACGCAUUGCCAAACUACAGCAGGAAAUAGGAAAAACUGACAAAGAAUGUCAACAGUUAACUAAUAGAAUAAAGGUAUAUAAUAUAUGCCACCACUACUUCCCUUUAUAGUCUGCGUAAAAGCCUCAGAGCCGGCAUGCUUUAAGCUAGGGUAAGACGGCCUGGCGUUUGAACCGGUCCGAAGAAGCGGACAAAUGCAAUUAUCAAAGGACGUCAGGCAGCACUUAACGAACAAGCUACUGCUGUGAAACGCUACAUUGCUACGGCAUUGCUGCGGAACGUGCUGAAAAGCGAUGUUACGUGUUUUACUACCCACGCUCAAACAUGUCUUGCAACAAAUAAAGGUUGCUGCAAGUUGUGUGAAUACUGACUUCUGAUUGCAUAAGAUUACGUUACUUGCUGCAAAACAAAUUGUCUUGGCAUGGGCUGCGCAACAUUUUACAGAUUUUGCCUGCAAAAAGUAGAACUACUCUCUACUGUCUGCAACAACUUUUCGCAUCCAGCAACCUAAUUUGUUGCAAGACAGGUUUUAACGUGGGCGGGAAAACAUUCGCUUUUCAACUCGUUCUUCGGCAGUGUUGCAAAACAAGAUCGAUGUCGGUUGGUUGCCCGUUUUACCGUCGCACCUAUAGACCGUGCCGGGUGAAUAACGUACUUCUUUUGAAUCUGCUAUGCAGGCUAUUCACCAUUUGGGCAUCUCCAUUAAUAUACCAAAAUUUGUUUUUAAUUCCUCCUGGGUAUUAAAGUCGUCCCAAAAGAAAUUAGAGACAACACUUAUGCUUAUGCAAAAUAUUAGGGGAGAAGAAGAUGUAUUGUGUGAGAUGUGCGAACAGGGCAUGUCCUGGAUUGCUGGAUUAUUGUCUUUGUUAGCUAUAUUGAUCAGAAUUAUUAAGAGAUAUGGAUCGGUCAUUCUUUGUUCGUUAUAUCUAUUUUCCUUAGGCGGCUGAAAGAAGAAUUAACAAGACAAAUAUAUACAGUCGAAAGCUUGGUACCUUUCCAUCGAAUAAUCGCCCCUCUUUCAUGGAAAUAUUUAAAACAUUCGCCUCCCCCAGCUACCUCGCCCACCUUUUCUCUGUUUUAUCCUCUCCCUGUUUACACAAGCUUUUUCAUUUAAUCGUUUAUAUCGCGACAUUAAAAAGCCCAUGCUCAGUUUACUUGAUGUGAUUUAUUGAAAUAAUGGCCUCCUUUUGGUGCGAAAAAAGAAUAAAAAUCGCCCCUGGCAGUAUUAUUCGAGGAAAUACGUUAUUUUCGCGUCCGCAAACUAUUUUUUUUUUACAGAGUUACUCUGUUUUCACAGAUUUCGCUUCAGUCUAAUUCAUGUUUUUUAAGCGUAAUUUUGCUCUAGAAUUUUUUUAACAAAGCGUUCGAAAUUCUUGUCCGAAAUUUGAUCGAAAUGAGAGAUAAAGUGUCCUUAAUUUUUGCAAGGUUUGGCUUCAAAAGAGCGCUACUUUUACUGGAAUUAGUUUAUGUAUAGAAGGUAUUGUCCAGUUAAUUAAGUUCUUCUUUAAUUCUAUAAAAUAACUCGCAGUUCUUUCUUUGGCAAAAGGGUAAUGAAUUGUUGACGCAACACCUUUUCUUCUCUCAGAAAAAAAAGCAAGAAACUCAUGCAGCUUGAAAAGGAAAGUGAAAGACUAGCUAAAUUAGUAGAAACUGGCUCCACUCUUCCAAGCCUCGAAGAACUAGAGGGGAGGAUAGAAAAAGCUACAAGAGAACUGGAUAAGAAAGAUGAUAAGAUACUGGUAAGUCUUGACCUUCACAUGACAAUUGAGUAAAGCGUCAUCAGUCUGCUGGGCGGGAGGUCGCGGGUUUAAACUCCGGCUGAACCAGCCAGAGGAGGAGGGAGGAGGUUGGGAAGGGGGUUGUUUAUUGUGACGUCUACAAAUGGUCAGACAUUCUAGUAUUCUCAGGUAAGGACGAAAACCCUUAGGCCCCGUCUCACAACUCUUUCACUGUUCUGAUUCUUGUGGCACUUAAGAGAACCCACACUGCUGUUCGUAAAAAGUAGGGGCGCAGACCCUGGUGAUGUGGUACAACCUUUCAUGGACUGGGUGGGUAAUGAAAGGGUUGAUAUCAAUUGGGAAAUAAGUCCUCUUUCAUCCCCUGUCACCGUGUUGAGUCACCAUGGCGAAUUCAAUAAAGACAUCCAUCUUAUUGACUGAACACAAUAUUACACAAACUUUUACAGUUUUACUGACAAGCGGUAAUGAUUCCUGCCGUCGCUCGUACGGUUAGUCCGAGUUAACUAUUUGAGUAGGAACCACGUGUUAGGCUACUAAGGCAUAAUGCGUUAAAAAGUCAGUUAGAACUUUCCAAAUAGUGUGUGUUAACUUGGACAUUUUUUUCUUAUUUCGAUUUUCUAAGCAAAAUCUUACUGAAUAAUCCGACACCUUUCUCCAAUAAUAAAUCAGUCCAGUGUGCUUAGCUAUAGUGCACAGGGGUUCUAAAAGUUAGUUGUUUUUUAACUCGUCUCAAAUUGCAUAAGUUUCUGAAAUGAUACGUCAGCCUUGUUAAAGUCAUUUUAAGAAUUUUUUUCCUUACAGGAGCUACAAAUGAAACUCGAGGAGCAAGACAAAAGGAUCAGCCAGGAACAACAAAAAGAGAAAAGACGCAUUGCCAAACUACAGCAGGAAAUAGGAAAAACUGAUAAAGAAUGUCAAGAGUUAACUAAUAGAAUAAAGGUAUAUAGUAUAUGCCACCACCACUUUCCUCUAUAGUCUGCGUAAAAGCCUCAGAGCCGGCAUGCUUUAAGCUAGGGUAAGACGGCCUGGCGUUUGAACCAGUCCGAAGAAGCCGACAAAAUGCAAUUAUCAAAGGACGUCAGGCAGCACUUAACGAACAAGCUACUGCUGUGAAACUACCCACGUUCAAACAUGUCUUGCAACAAAUAAAGGUUGCUGCAAGUUGCGUGAAUACUGACUUCUGAUUGCAUAAAAUUGCGUCACUUGCUGGAAAACAAAUUGUCUUGGCAUAGGCCGCGCAACAUUUACAGAUUUUGCCUGCAAAAAGUAGAACUACUGUCUACUCUCUGCAACAACUUUUCGCAUCCAGUAACCUAAUUUGUUGCAAGACAGGUUUGAACGUGGGUGGUAAAACAUUCACUUUUCAACUCGUUUUUCGGCAGUGUUGCAAAACAAGAUCGAUGUCAGUUUGUUGCCCGUUUUACCGCCGCACCUAUAGACCGUGCCGGGUGAAUAACGAACUUCUUUUGAAUCUGCUAUGCAGGCUAUUCACCAUUUGCGCAUCUCCAUUAAACAAAAGUUGUUUUUAAUUUCUCCUGGGUAUUAAAGUCGUCCCAAAAGAAAUUAGAGACAACACUUAUGCUUAUGCAAAAUAUUAGGGGAGAAGAAGGUGUAUUGUGUGAGAUGUGCGAACAGGGCAUGUCCUGGUUGCUGGAUUAUUGUCAUUGUUAGCUAUAUUGAUCAGAAUUAUUAAGAGAUAUGGAUCGGUCAUUCUUUGUUCGUUAUAUCUAUUUUCCUUAGGCGGCUGAAAGAAGAAUUAACAAGACAAAUAUAUACAGUCGAAAGCUUGGUACCUCUACCCAGGCCCUCCCGGCCAUUACCUGGUAUCCUCCCACAGAAAAACAAUCCGCCAACACUAAAGUUCAGAAAUGGCUCAAUAAGCACACGUCAUAA